CACAAGCAGCUGCUGUGGACGCAACAGAACUCUCGGUCAAACUAGAAGUAAAUCUGCCGUAACACAUGUGGAAGAUCAGGCGUUAAACGUGCCCGGUGAGGUGACCCAGGACAAAGAACAGCUGCUGAUAACCGGAUCAAUACUUAAACGUUUAUUUCACUCCUGAUCUUUGUCUUUUGACUCAAACAGGUGAAGGUGAAGGUGUGUGUGUGUGAGCUGAUGUGGACGUGAAUUCAGCAGAAUGGACCAGUGUGAGGACAGAGAUGAGGGAGUCCGUCCCUCUAAAACCUCUCUGUGUGGGGAACAUGAGAGUCGGAGCAAAGCUCAGAGGAAUCAACCUGGACCUGGACCUGGACCUGGACCUGGACCUGGACCUGGACCUGGACCUGAACCUGGACCUGGACCUGGACCCGGAUCCGGACCCGGACCCGGACCCGGACCCGGACCCGGACCCGGACCCGGACCCGGACCCGAACCCGGACCCGGACCCAGCUGUUUGUCCUUGAAGAGCGACUGGUCAAAUGAUAGAUUUAUUGACUUUAAAGGAGACCAACGUUCUUCUUCAGAGAGAGUGGACCAGCAGAGCUCAGAGUCCCCCAGCGGUCCGUCUGUCCAGCAGCCUCAGACCCAGCUGGACUCCGUCUUUCAGCUGCUGGAGGACAACAUCGUCAUGUUUGUGAAGGACGAGCUGAAGAAGAUCCAGAAGGUUCUGAGUCCAGAUUACCCAGAAUCCCUAGAUCAUCUGUUGCAGGGUGAGGAUGAAGAGCAGAGGAGGAGCAGCAGAGAGGCGUUUUUGAAGAUAACAGUGAACUUCCUGAGGAGAAUGAAGCAGGAGGAGCUGGCUGAGCGUCUGCAGAGAAGUUCUUUUGCUGCAGUUUGUAAAAAGCGGCUGAAGUCUAAGCUGAAGAAGAAGUCCCAGUGUGUGUUUGAGGGGAUUGUUAAAGCAGGAAACCCAACCCUUCUGGAGCAGAUCUACACAGAGCUCUACAUCACAGAGGGAGGGACCGGAGAGGUCAACGAUGAACAUGAAGUCAGACAGAUUGAAGCAGCUUCCAGGAAACCAGACAGAGCAGAAACAGCCAUCAGACAGGAAGACAUCUUUAAACUCCCACCUGGAAGAGGAGGACCCAUCAGAACGGUGAUGACGAAGGGAGUGGCCGGCAUCGGGAAAACAGUCCUAACACAGAAGUUCACUCUGGACUGGGCUGAAGGCAGAACCAACCAGGACAUCCAGUUACUGCUUCCAUUCACCUUCAGACAGCUGAAUGUGCUGAGAGAGGAGAAGUUCAGCUUGGUGGAACUAGUUCAUGGUUUCUUCAGUGAAACCAAAGGAAUCUGCAACUUUGAAAAAUUCCAGGUCGUGUUCAUCUUUGACGGUCUGGAUGAGAGUCGACUUCCUCUGGACUUCCCCAACUCUACAAUCGUCAGUGACCCCAGAAGGUCCACCUCAGUGGACGUGCUGCUGACAAACCUCAUCAGGGGGAACCUGCUUCCUUCUGCUCGUCUCUGGAUCACCACACGGCCCGCAGCAGCCAAUCAGAUCCCUCCUGAGUGUGUUGACAUGGUGACGGAGGUCAGAGGAUUCACUGACCCACAGAAGGAGGAAUACUUCAGGAAGAGGUCCAGAGAUGAGGAGCAGACCAGCAAGAUCAUCUCCCACAUCAAGACAUCCCGGAGCCUCCACAUCAUGUGCUGCAUCCCAGUCUUCUGCUGGAUCACUGCUACGGUCCUGGAGAACGUCCUGGAGAACGUUCUGGAAACCAGAAAGGGAGGGAAGCUGCCCAAGACCCUGACUGAGAUGUACAUCCACUUCCUGGUGGUCCAGGCCAAACUGAAGAGGGUCAUGUAUGACGGAGGAGCUGGGACGGAUCCACACUGGAGUCCAGAGAGCAGGAAGAUGAUCAAGUCUCUGGGAAAACUGGCUUUUGAGCAGCUGCAGAAAGGAAACCUGAUCUUCUAUGAACCAGACCUGAGAGAGUGUGGCAUCGAUGUCAGAGAGGCUUCAGUGUACUCAGGAGUGUUCACCCAGAUCUUUAGAGAGGAGAGCGGCCUGUACCAGGACCAUGUCUUCUGCUUCAUCCAUCUGAGUGUCCAGGAGUUUCUGGCUGCUCUUCAUGUCCAUCAGACCUUCAUCAGCUCUGGAGUCAACCUGCUGGAGGAACAAAAGAACAUCUUCUGGUGGUUUAAAAAAAGAGCUGUGACUAAGCUCCAUCAGAGUGCUGUGGACAAGGCCUUACAGAGUCCAAACGGACACCUGGACUUGUUCCUGCGCUUCCUCCUGGGUCUUUCACUGGAGACCAAUCAGAUUCUCCUACGAGGUCUGCUGGAACCAAAACAAAGAAGAUCACAGAACAAUCAGGAAACAGUUAAAUACAUAAAGGAGAAGAUCAAUGAUCGGGAUCUGCCUGCAGAGAGAAGCAUCAACCUGUUCCACUGUCUGAAUGAACUGAACGAUGGUUCUCUGGUGGAGGAGGUCCAAGAGUCCCUGAAGUUUGAACGACUCUCCACAGAAAAACUGUCUCAUGCUCAGUGGUCGGCUCUGGUCUUCAUCCUACUGUCAUCAGAAGAAGAUCUGGAGGUGUUUGACCUGAAGAAAUACUCAGCUUCAGAGGAGGUUCUACGGAGGCUGCUGCCGGUGGUCAAAGCCUCCAAGAAAGCUGUGUUGAGUGGUUGUAACCUCUCAGAGGACAUCUGUCCACUUCUGUCCUCAGUUCUCAGCUCUCAGUCCUCCAGUCUGACAGAAUUGGACCUUAGCUACAACCACCUGCAUGAUUCAGGACUGGAGAAUCUGUGUCCUGGACUGGAGAGUCCACACUGUAAACUGGAGUCUCUCAGGUUGAGUGGCUGUAGCCUCUCAGGGAGCAUCUGUCCACUUCUGUCCUCGGUUCUCAGCUCUCAGUCCUCCAGUCUGACAGAACUGGACCUGAGUAACAACGACCUGCAGGAUUCUGGACUGAAGCAGCUGUGUCCUGGACUGGAGAGUCCACACUGUCACCUGGAGUCUCUCAGGUUGUCAGGCUGUCUGAUCUCAGAGGAAGGAAGUGCUUCUCUGGUCUCAGCUCUGACCUCCAACCCCUCCCACCUGAGAGAGCUGGACCUGAGCUACAACCAUCCAGGAGAGUCAGCAGGGAAGCUUCUGUCUAGACUGGAGGAUCCCCGCUGGAGACUGCACACUCUCAGGGUGCAGCCUGCUGGACAACAAUGGCUGACACCAGGUCUGAGGAAGUAUAAGUGGGCCUCAAGCAGUUUGGAGCCUGAGGGUCAUGCAAGUGUUACGGAGAAAUCCAGCAUCUGGACUAAAGUGGAGCCAGAAGUGAACGACACAGCUGCAGGCGAGGCUACGACUUAUAGACUCCAGUCUGCAGCAGGACACUUUGAGUGCAGCGUCUCUGGUUUGCGAUGGGUUUGUAAGGAGGGGGUCGGCUUGAAGUACCAGUUUCGUUCUUGGGAGGGACACAUGGAGAGGAUGAAGAGCAGACAAUACUCACCUGCCGGUCCCCUCAUGGACGUCACGCUCAUCACUGGGAAGAUAAAUGAGGUGCUCCUGCCACACUGGGUCUGUAUAGAUGACAUUCCCAACUUAUUAGAGAAUUUUAAAGUGCUACACAUAAAUGAGAGUGGGGAAGUUCUGGAGACGGCCUCUGAGGUCACACCAUCACACGUCAGGUUAAUGGAACCGGACUUCUCGUUGUUUGCGGUCCUGGUCAGCUACUUCUUUCGUAGGAAAGUCAGCUCUGACAUGUUGAUAUACUACCAACCCCACGCAACGUUCCUCAAGCUCCGCCUCUAUCUGAUUCCACAUGAUCCUGGUCUCCAAGAGGCAGUAAACAAGAGCGAAUCCUUAAAUAGAUUUGAAAGAAUCAAAAAGCAUCGACCAGACGAGUACCUGGAGAUGGAUCAGGGCUUCAGCCUCAACGCUACUGUGGACACUGUGAGAGUCCAACCAGAGAAAAUAACUCUGAGGUACGACAGUCAAGACCCAAACUGCUAUGAAGUGUACAUGGAGAAUCCAGACAGACAAUUCAGCCUUGAGCUUCGAAAAAAAUCCUCACCAAACGAUCACCCGGUCUGGAUCUGUGAAUUUUGGGAAAGUGACUAUCCAAAGUCUGGACCUUCCAAUGAAGCCACUAGUGUCAGAACUGCAGCUCAUGGUGCAGCAGGACCAGGAGGACCAGCGGAUGCACCUAGUGAAACUGAAUCAGCAAAUAUGGAGCAAAAAACCCCGAAAAAGAUUUUGAAAGACUCCCUGAUGAAUCUUUCUGAGGAAAACUUCAAGGAGUUUUGCCACGCACUCCUGGACCGCAAGGAGAAGCCGCACAUCUUUCGCAUGAAGGUGGAGGGGAAAAGCCGCCUGGAGAUCGCAGAUGUGAUGAUAAGCACUUUCACGGAUCAGGGAGCUCUGAAGGUGGCAGAGGAGAUCCUAAGAGAGAUUGGCUGCACUAAGGCUGCGAACAAACUCACUAAAGAGGGAGGUGCAGCAGGACCAGCAAGACCAGGAGGACCAGGAGGACCAGCGGGACCAGCGGGUUCACCCAAGGAAGAACUUGGUCCAGAGUGGGCGAAGAGGUCUCCACGUUGAGUGAGCUGCUGUAAAACCGUCGUCCAGUCUGAGAUGUAUGCCAAAGUAAGAGCUCUGCCAACCUAUCAGGAGAAGAAAAAGAAGCUCCACGAGGGUCCUCUCAGAAGCUCAGACGCCUGCAAAGAUAUCUUCCUCGAAAUCCUUCGGAAGCAGCAGCCAUAUCUCAUAGCUGACCUCGAAAUGAAAUAGUUUGUGGGGAAAUCAAAAAAUAGAAAACAACCAAGAAAAUGUUUUCUCUGCAGUGGAAUAUAGCAAAGUGUUUUUGUAAUGUGUAUUAUUUUACACUGAAAUUUGCUGGAAUUGGAAAGGUUUGAAAUCCCAGCCCUGAUCACUGAGCCUCAUAAAGACCUAUCCUAAGGUUUCUUUUUUUCAGACAAAGUUCUGACUUCUUACCUUCCGUCUGACAGUUUGGGCGGUUCUCCCGCCUUCCUCAGAGUGUCAGCCCGGCCUGACAGGUCGGUCACGCCCUCAUAGUAAAAACAGCUGAUAAGGACGUUGUCACUUCCCAUCACGUGACACUCUGAGGAAGGAGGGAGAACCGCUGAAACUGUCAGACGGAAGGUAAGAAGUCAGAACUUUGUCCGAUCAAAAAGAAACCAUAGUAUAUCAAUCUGAAGACAUGAUGAACAAAAUACAACUCAUAAAGACCUAAUUUUAUAUAUAAAAAAGACAUGUAUUAGGUAGCUUUUAAAUUUGUUGAAAAUAGAGAUUUUUAUCAAUACAUUUUUAUAAAUUGGUUAUGUAAUUAAACAAACAAUUCCACAAAAAAUGUCAUAUUUCAUACCUGUUCGGGAACGUUAUUGAUUUUGUUUAUUGAACAUUUAUUAAAUUAAGAGCCCAGAUAUGGAUAGAUUGCAAGAAAAUAUUUUUACUGUCUACUAACAAUGUAUCCAAUCCAAUCCACUUUAUUUAUAUAGCACAUUAUAGAAAACAACAAGGUUACCAAAGUGCUGCACAAUGAGUAAAGCAAGACAUAAUAAAAUAGUAAAAACUAAAAACAGAGUAAAAUAGAUAAGAGCACAUAAAAGCACGAAAUAAAAACAAACCAGACAGAAACAACCAGUGAUUCAUAAACAUAAAAGACAGGACAGAGACACAACUCUCAUGCUGGAUUCAAAGCCAAAGAAUAAAAAUAAGUUUUAAGACGAGAUUUAAACAUUUCGAGUGUGGGCCAUUUUGAUGUGGGGAGGUAGCUCCUCUUUCUUCACUGAAAAUAAUCUUUACA